GUUUUUCAUCAUGGCUCUAAUAGUGAAUCCGUCGCAGGCCUGCUCCUUGUUCUUCUUCUCCCGCUGCCGGGGGCACCUGUCGCCUGCGGGCUUCGAGGGGCCGGAGCCCGCCUUGUCCACUACCAUCUCCCCACCGGCGCCCGCGACGGACCAGAGGAGAAAUACGGACUGCUGUCCUUGUCCCCCGGGGACUUCUCCCCCCCCGCCGGCCGCUGUGCCCCCGCCGGCUGCGGCCCUGCGGUCCCUCCCUCACGGGGUCCGUUGGGCACCGGCCGCCGCGGGCGGUCCCCCGGACACGCGACCGUUGCCAGGCAACGCGUCAACAACCCGCCUGGGAAGCGCAAAGGGAGCCGGAGAGAGACCCAGCGGCCCCGCCCGGCUGUGCCCCCUCUCGGUGCGCCGAACACCGAGGCGACAGACGGCAAUCAGGGAGAAAGUCAUUAGCGAAGUGUUUGUCAGGUUCAACUCCAGCCAUGGCUUCCCGGUGGAGGUUGGUUCGGAUGCCAGCAUCCUCCAGCUGAAGGAGGCAGUUGCCCAGCGACAGGGAGUUCCAGCCGACCAGCUGCGGGUGAUUUUUGCAGGGAGGGAGCUCAGCAAUGACUUGACACUGCAGAAGUGUGACUUGGCCCAGCAGAGCAUUGUUCAUAUUGUUCAGAGUCCACAGAAGAACGGUCAGAACAAGGAGGGGACAGAAAAUAACUGUGUUGGAGGUAUUCUAAAAGCCUUGGAAAGAGAACCUGAAAGCCUAACUCGCGUAGAUCUCAGUACCAGCAUCCUUCCAUCACUAUCUGAAGGUUUGGCUGUUAUUCUGGAUCCUGGAAAAAGCAGUGUUUCUCUUCCCUCUGAAAAAUUAGGUGCAGUUAGUUACAACAGUUUUUACGUUUUUUGCAAAAAUUUCUGCCAAGCUGUGAAGCCUGGGAAACUGAGGGUCCGCUGCAAUGUGUGUAAACAAGGAACCCUGACCUUGGAUAGGGGCCCAUCUUGCUGGGAUGAUGUGCUGAUUCCCAACAGAAUAAGAGGUGUUUGCCAGUCCCAAGGGUGCAAUGGAAAUGUAGCGGAGUUUUACUUUAAAUGUGGAGCACACCCAACCACUGACAGUGAAACAUCCGUGGCUUUGAACCUCGUUACAACAAACAGUCGCUGUAUCACAUGUAUAACAUGCACUGAUAUUAGGAGUCCUGUGCUUGUGUUCCAGUGUGUGCAUCGCCAUGUCAUUUGCCUGGACUGUUUCCAUUUGUACUGUGUGACUAUGCUGAAUGACCGUCAGUUCAUCCAUGACCCGGAGCUUGGCUAUUCCCUCCCUUGUGUAGCUGGCUGUCCAGAUUCCUUGAUUAAAGAGCUUCAUCACUUCAGAAUUCUGGGAGAAGAACAGUACAACCGCUACCAGCGCUAUGGGGCUGAGGAAUGUGUGCUGCAGAUGGGAGGAGUGCUGUGUCCAACGCCCAGCUGUGGAGCCGGUUUGCUUCCUGAGCCAGGGUUGAAGAAAAUUGUGUGUGAACCAGGCAAUGGAAUAGGCUGUGGGUUUGUGUUCUGCCGUGAAUGUAAAGAAGAAUACCAUGAAGGGGAAUGCAACUCUCUCCUCAACCCUCAGGGAGCCAUGGUCCAGAAGGGGUAUGUAGUUGAUGAACAUGCAGCCAUGCAAGCUCGAUGGGAAGAAGCAUCUAGAGACACAAUCAAGAAGACAACCAAGCCAUGCCCCAACUGCAAUAUUCCAGUAGAAAAAAAUGGUGGCUGCAUGCACAUGAAAUGUCCUCGCCCUCAGUGCAGAUUUGAGUGGUGCUGGAACUGUGGCCUGGAGUGGAACAGAACCUGCAUGGGAGAUCACUGGUUUGACUAGUGGUGCUGAGGACAGCCUGUGCUGCUGCUGCUAAAGCUUUCAUUGGGGCCAAAUUCUGAACUCCUUGCUUAAGCAAAAUUCCCAGAGGUUUCAGGGACCCAGGGUUCAGAAGUUGGCCUCGUUUGUUGGUUUUUUUGCUUUCUUGCAUAUGCAAUCAUACCAAAAUCACAUUGAAGUUAUGACAAGGGGUUUAAAUUCACUAAGUAAAGAGAGUUAUUGUUUUAAUGGACAGACUUGCUCAUUGUGGUACAAAGAGGGGUAAAGUGCAACUUUCUGAACUCGUGCAGUCUGUCAGCAUGGAGAGCAGACAGGGUUACCAUGAGGAACUUUACUUGACAUUUAUAGUCAGGAAUCCAUCAGUCUUGCGAGAGUGAGGAGCCUGCACAGUGUGUAUGUGAGUGUGUGAGCAUCAAGAGGGUAGAGGAUCUGCUUUUUUCUUUGACCACUUCUUUGCUCAUUCAGCACAAAUUUUGAUUUUGAGGCAGUAUUUCUUAACAGCUUUUUUGGCAAAGGGAAAAGACUGUAGCUCUAAAGUGUUUUCUCAGGGUUUCUUCCUAUUC